AAAUCAUAAUCCAAGAAAAAUAAUGAUCGCCAAAUGGUCUCCUACUGAUUCAAGUCUUGUAAUUGUUGACAACUACAAUAUAUAUUAUAUUCCUACAGUCGCAAAACCAAAUCAUGCUAAACAAAUAACUUUUCAUGGAUCUGAAGAUUUCUAUAACGGCAUCCCUGAUUGGGUGUAUACAGAAGAAAUCUUUGGAUCAAAUUCUGCAAUGUGGUUUUCUACUCAGGGAAAACAUUUGGCCUACGCGACAUUUAAUGAAAAAUUGGUACCAAAGGUAUAUUUACCAACAUAUGGCAUACCAGAUACUAUGUACGACCAAUACAGCAGAAUUUUCAGUUAUCGUUAUCCAAAAGUUAAUGACCCUAAUCCAACUGUUGAAUUAUUCGUUCAAGUUCUAAAUAUAACAAACGAUGAACUCAUAUCUAUACCAGUAAAACCAUCAAAACAAUACACUAAUGAGACAGUAUUAUAUACAGUUGAAUGGUCAGACGAUGAAAAUUUGUUUGUAAUGUGGAUGAACAGAAUUCAAAAUGAAUCUCAUCUCGUACAUUAUCAUAUUUCUAAUAAUACGGCUGAAGUUAAAGAAGUUAUGGAAUUUAAACAAGAAAAUGGUUGGCUCAAUUUUCGACAGUCACUCGUGAUAAAUUCUGAGAACCAGAUUGCGUUAAUAUACCCAACAGAACAAGAUGACGGUGAUACUUACAGACAUGUUUGUGUGAUAUCGAGUGGCAAAAUUAUCCCAAUAACCACUGGUAAAUUUGAAGUCGACAAACUCAUAAAAUGGGACUUUGAAUUGAAUUAUAUAUAUUAUUUAGCCAACGAAGAGCACAAUUCCGAAGUGCAACACGUGUUCAGGGUACAUAUAAAUUUGGAAUAUCAGUCGGCUAAACCAGAGUGUUUGACCUGUAACACGGGAUGCACUUUCAACAAAGCAGAGUUCAGUGAAAAAAAUACUUAUUAUGCACAAAUAUGUACGGGGCCAAACAUACCUUAUGUGAACAUAAUGAAAACUAAUGGUGGCUAUUUAACUGCUUGGGAAACAAAUAAAAAACUGUCAACAGAAUUACAUAAUGUCGCUUUAUCUCACGUGACAUUUAUAAAUGUUCCACUUACCGAUAACUAUGAAGCUCGUGUUAAAUUGUUAAUUCCACCAACAGUUGAUAUUUCAUCGGGCAAUAAAUAUCCUUUAUUAAUUUACACUUAUGGUGGUCCUACAUUUAAUGUAGCAUUGGAUGAAUUCGAUUUAGAUCUGAACAUGUAUUUCAGUACAAACCAUGACAUUGUUGUGGCUAAAGUCGACGGUCGUGGCACAGGGCGAAGAGGUAGUAAUACAUUAUUUGCAAAUUAUAAGAAAUUGGGCACAACAGAAAUCGAUGAUCUUAUGACUAUUGCAAAAUUUCUAUCAAACAAUCUGUCAUUUGUCGAAAAAAAUAAAGUUGGUAUUUGGGGAUGGAGUUUUGGCGGAUACAUGGCCGGUAUGGCUUUAGCCAAGGAUGUCGAGAAAAUAUUUAAAUGUGCAUUAUCCGUAGCACCAAUUACGGACUGGAUAUAUUAUGAUUCAAUGUUUACCGAACGGAUUAUGGAUGUGUACCAAGCAAAUUUUGAAGGUUAUCGAAAUGCUAGUUUGAUAGAAAAUUCAGACGGUUUACGCCACAAAAAUUAUAUGGUUAUUCAUGGUCUUGCUGACCUAAAUGUUCAUUUUCAACACUCCGUAAUGUUGUCAAAAAACCUACAACAUAAUGCCAUAACAUUUCAACAGCAAUUUUACCCAGAYGAAAAUCACAAUUUGUUAAACGUCAGAAAUCAACUUUAUCGUACAAUUAUUUUAUUUAUUUUAAGAUUUUUAAAAGACUUUGUACUGUSAUGUCGUGAUGAAAAUCUUCAAAUAAUUYCUGAAUUGCACCAAUCCUACGACAGUCUUCAAUAUUCAUUAAUGUUCCUCUACAGUGAAGAUGGAUACUCGAUAGAUAUCUCUCAAGUCGAUCCUGUUACUAGAGUUCCUACACAAAAAAAAGUUUCAUUUGAAAUACCAAACAUAGAAGAAGAAGGUCAAGAACUGUAUGAUAUUGUUGUAAAGCACAUGGUUCAUGGACCAUGUGCGGCUUUUARCCAUAACUCACCAUGYAUGAUUGAGGGGAAAUGUUCUAAGAAAUUCCCAAAACAAUUUCAGAGCAAUAUACCUCUUCUGGUGAYGAUGGYUACCCAAAAUAUAGAAGAUUAUCACCCGAAGAAGGUGGAAAAAUAUGUACUAUUCGAAAUCAUGAAAUUGACAACAGAUGGAUUGUACCCUACAACAAACUUUUGCUGA